AUGUCAAUAGUUCAUGUACCUAAUACGAGGGAUUACUGGGGAGAAGUUACUGGUACUCAUCUGAUCAAGACAACAAUGACAGUGAAUCAGUAUGAGCAAAUACGUAAGUUUCUUCACUUCAAUGACAACAGUGCAAUGAUACCCAGGGGUGAAAAAGGUCAUGAUAGACUCUUCAAGAUAAGACCCAUAAUAGAAUUGAUGAGAUCUCGGUUUCAAACAAUACCUGUUGAGGAGUGUGUUUCUGUUGAUGAACAGAUAUGUUCAACAAAGGCUAGAAGUUAUUUGAAACAAUACAUGCCAAACAAGCCUCAUAAAUAUGGAUACAAAUUAUUUGUUAUUAGUGGCAUAUCUGGUUAUGCCUACGAUUUUGAGAUUUUCACUGGAGAUGUAAAUGAACCAGAAAAAAGAGUGACUGGGGAGGAAGACUUGGGAGCAAGUGCAAAUGUUGUAGUUCGACUCAGUAGGAUACUACCAAGAAAUAUGAACCACAAACUGUACUGUGACAAUUAUUACACAAGUCUGCCAGUGCUUGUAUGGUUACAUAAACAAGGAUUUUACUCACUUGGGACAGUCAGAAGAAACAGAGUGCCAGACUGCAAGCUCCCUUCAGAAGCUGAGCUGAAGAAAAUGGCAUGA